UUCCGAUUUUAUGAGGGUCUGUGUAUGUAGCUAUAGGAUGGAAGAGUCGGAGGUAGAUAUGCAUUUAGGAACAUGAUGAGUAGCUGGCCGGCCCAGGGUGAGUGAUAAAUGGAGAUAAGGAUUGAUAACUGUCUAGCAUCCGCGUAUGUGAAACAUCGUACAUGUUGACAGCUCAUUAUUUGUCCUCACUCAUGCGUCAAUUACUCUCCAGGGCCCACAAAAGCGAAUUAUUGAGCACGAACGCGAUCCGCAUGCAGGGUACAAAUAGACCAGUCCUCUCCUUCAGUGAUCAUCACCCGAAAUAAAGUAAUAUUUUCCGGCGGCCGGCGAUCAGCUAGCAUGUCUGCUUCGAACGUGUUUGGGAAGGCAAUAACGGUUCUUGAUUACCCGGACAGGGAAACGAGAGCGAGUGCGGCCUAUGCACUGAUCAAUGGUGACGACAAACACUCGCAGGUGACGGAUUACGUGAAAAAUCAGAAACAGUCUUAUGGGGACGGCAUUUCGGUUUUAGCCACCAUUUAUAACGCCACCGGUGAGAACCUUUACUUCUCCUCCUCCAAAGACUGGUACGGGAAGCUUUAUACCGAUGCCGGGGGCUCCUACCCCAAGAUCAUCCAGAACGGGCAGUGGGCGGGAUUCUUGCACAUCAAAAGCUCCUCUGUCCCUUCUGGCUCCGAAGCCGCCGUGGUUUACCGUGUCAAAGCCAAUGAGGGUGCCGCCGGUGAGAAUGCCGAGGUUGUGAUUGCUUGGGAUGAUCCUUGGGCUCCUGGUUCCGAUAAUCAGGUGUACACGGAAAUUGCAAAGGCAGGAAGCUUAUCGAGCUGGGAUGAUAUCUCAAAGAAGCUGGAUUCAAUGUCAACGGCGGAAAGCAGCUUUAACCUGGGGCUCUACUCAACUGUGAGCAUUGGGCAGGACAGUUCUCCAAUUCUUGAGGCAAUUAUCACUGUCACUUAAUUGGCCGGCCGCCUCAUCAUCUGAUCUCUGAGAUCGAUUCUGACCACUUGGUUCUUUUCGCAUGCAUUCAUGCAUGAUGAAUAAAGAUGGUGUUGCUCUGAUCUUAAUUGUUGUGUGAAAUAAAAUGCAGUAAGUAUGUGUAUGCAGUCUUGGCUACGUACAGUACUACAUGCAGUUGCAUGCGGUUGUGAUCGAUGAUCAAUGAAUGAAUUGAAUAAACUAUUCACUAUAUUAAUUAAUUAGUGUUGCACUGUUGCAUGUACGUACGUACGUACUAAAUGUGCUAUCCCUC